UACACUCCCACCCACUGACACACUCACUACAUUCUCAGCCACUGACACACUCAUUUUUGCGUCCAAACGUUAAGAGGAGAGAGAGAAAAAUGAAGACACUUGUUUUUGCCUCCAAAAUAAGAGAAGAAAGAAAAAGUUAAGAAAUAAGCGAGAAGAGAAGCAAAACCUUGUUUUUCCUCCAAAAGUCAAAAGAAGGAAAGAAGGAAAGAAAGAAAGAAAGAAAGAAAGAAGGAAAGAAGGAAAGAAAGAAACAAAGUUAAGAAAUGUAAGUACAGUAAAGUAACAUGGCGCAGAGGAAUAUAUUGAUACCCAUCUUGUUGCUGUUGGUGAGAGGAUGGGCUGAGGAGGACAGUGACCAUGGUGUUGGCGUCCAUCACCACCACCACCACCAACCAGGUGGCGACCUUUACCACCAACAGGGUGACGUUUAUUGGGAGCGAAGCGGCUUCUCGGAGGAUCAGCAGCAGCAGAGCGGUUCCCCGCGGGCCGAGCCCCCUCACCCCCUCCUCUACUUCCCCCCGGGGGAGGUGGGCAGCCUGAGGCAGAAGGCGCGGGGCAGCCACUCCCAUCUCAGCAAGGCCCUGAGGAGCGCAGCCAGGGACAUGGUGGCCAAACCCACCCUCUACCUGCCCCCGGACGACCCGCAGCUCUUCGCCGCCAAGUGGAACGAGGUUUACGGCAACAACCUUGGCGCCCUGGCGCUGCACUGCCUGCUGAGCCCUGAGGACAAUGCGGCCUGGCGCCUGGCCCUGCAGUACAUGGACAAGAUGGCUGCCUACCCGCGAUGGCAGGUCCGCGACGCGCCCAACGAUGAGGUGCCCGUGGCUCACUCGCUCACUGGUUUUGCCACCGCUUUCGACUUCCUCUACCCUUGGCUGGAUGAGGCCAGGCGGGCCAGCUACCUGGAGAAGAUCCGCUCAGUCACCAUGGAGCUGUACGGCUUCUCCAAGUACAGGGCGUGGGGCAAGCACUUCCUGCACAACCAUCAGACCACCAACACCUUGGCUUUGCUGGUGGGAGCUCUAGUCCUGGCUCCUCACCACCCCCAGAGCUCACUGCUCUGCAAGCAAGUGGCUAUCGACGUGAUGGAGAAGACCCUCUUCUUGCUGGACCAUGUGGUGGACGGUUCCCUGGAUGAAGGGGUGGCUUAUGGCAGCUACACUUCCAAGUCCAUCACCCAAUACGUCUUCCUAGCCCUCAGGCACUUCCACUUGAACCACACUGCAAGCCCCUGGCUCAAGCAACACUUUUGGUUUUACUAUGCCACAGUCCUGCCAGGGUUUCAGAGAAGCGUGGGCAUCGCAGACUCCAACUACAACUGGUUUUAUGGGCCAGAGAGCCAGCUGGUUUUCCUAGACAGAUACGUGCUCAGGAAUGGCAACGGCAACUGGCUGGCCAAGCAGAUCAGGAAGCACAGGCCUAAAGAUGGUCCAAUGGAGCCCUCCAGUGCCCAGAGGUGGUGCACCCUCCACACCGAGUACAUCUGGUACGACCCCCAGCUGACCCCACAGCCCCCCACCGGCUACGGCACCCCACAGCUGCACGUCUUCCCCAACUGGGGGGUGGCCACCUACGGGGGCGGACUGCCCAACACCCCAGACAACACCUUUGUGUCCUUCAAGUCAGGGAAGCUGGGCGGGCGAGCCGUGUACGACAUCGUCCACUCCGCCACUUACUCCUGGAUCGACGGCUGGAGGAACUUCAACCCAGGGCACGAGCACCCGGAUCAGAACUCAUUCACCUUCGCUCCCAAUGGGCAGGUGUUUGUGUCUGAGGCUCUGUACGGCCCCAAGUACAGCUACCUCAACAACGUGCUGGUGUUUGCCCCCUCUCCUACCAGCCAAUGCAACCAGCCCUGGGAGGGGCAGCUGGGUGAGUGCGGGCAGUGGCUGCGGUGGACGGCUGGGGAGGCUGGGGACUCGGCAGGGGAGCUGGUGUCCGCCUCGCAGCUUGGCCAAAUGAUGUUCGUCAGUGGUGAGGCCUCCUCGUCCUACUCCUCUGCUCUGCGACUAAAAAGCGUUUACCGCGCUCUGGUCCUCCUGAACCCCCAGACGCUGCUGGUCAUUGAUCAUGUGGAGCGGAGCCAGGGCUCGCCCGCCCAGCUGGUCAGUGCCUUUUUCCACAACCUCGACAUCGACUUCAAGUACGUGCCUUACGGAGGAGGAGGGGAGAAGGGGGGUGCAAGUGGCGGCCGGUUGAGAGGCGCCAUGAUGGACGUGUGGGAUGCGCAGUACAAGAUGUUCUGGCUCGAUCAACGGGGCAACAGCCCGGCCGCCAGCAUCCAAGAAGCCGAGCAGGCAGCUGAGUUCAAGAAGAGAUGGACCCAGUUUGUCAACGUGACCUUCCCCCUGGCUGGACCCCUGACCCGCGUGGCCUAUGUCUUCCACGGACCCCGGGUCAAGGUCACCAACCUGCGCUUCGUGGACGACAGCGAGCACGGGGUCCGGGUAGCGCUGACCGUCAAUGACACAAAGACAGUGGUGUGGGUGGCCACACAGCACAGUGACCCAGCCGCCCGGUUCACCUACUUGGGCUUCGGCGGAUACGCCAAGGUGGAGGAGGCGGGCGGGGUGACCACCCGAUUUGGCCUGGGGGUGGGGACGGGGAAGGACGAGCCAGCCAGAGGGCAGCGGGUCUUCUUCCGUUUCGGUUGGACUGCCAAGGCCUUGUUGGGGGUGGCGGCCUGCGCGGGCCUGGGGUUGCUGGCCGCCCGCUGGAGGCUUCGCGUGUCCUCCGGGAAGCUGCUGCACCUGGCCCUCCUCCUGCUCAUCGCCCUGUGGUUUGUGGAGCUGGCAGUCGUGUGGAGCAGCUGCUCCCCCCGGCCCCUGUGCGGCGUCAACUGGGAACCCGAGCAACCCCAGCCCCAGCCCGAGGCCCAGCCCGGACAGUGGGACGAACGUUUGGCUGCCUUCUCGCCCCUGGUGAUCACCUCGCUCCCGGGCUCCGGGGCAGAGAUCCUGACCCAACUCUUCACCAACAGCACAGACUUUGUCUACAUGCGAGUUCCCACCGAGCACUUGGACAUGCCCGAGGUGGAGUUCGACUUCGACUCCUUUGUGGACGCCUGCGAGUGGCGUCUCUCAGAGGCUCAGGAGGGGAGGUACCGGCUGAUCCAGGGCUGGCUGCAGUCCCUGCUGCACAACACCAAGCUCCACCUGCAGGACAUCCAGCUGCACGAGGUUGGCAGAGGGGGCUUUGGGGCAUUAGGGCCCGGGGGCGACAGGAAGUGGAAGCCCAGGCGGAAGAAGCCCCCAGUCCCGGGUCUGGGCCAUGAGUCCGCAGCCGGGGGUGCGGAGAGGGACGCAGAGAACAUCAGGGAACUGAGGAGACAUCUGGCCAAGUACCCCAAUGCGCGGGUGGUGCUUAGCUUAAGCAGCGGGAGCUGGACCCUGAAGCUGCCUUUUGUGCAGGGGGUGGUGGGGCCUCUGAUGAAGGCCUUGUACGUGGUGAGAGACCCCAGAGCCUGGAUCUACUCAUUAUUGUACAGCAGCAAGCCUAGUCUGUAUGCGCUGAGGAACAUCCCCCAGCACCUGGCCUUGCUGUUCCAGCAAGGGAGCGAGCAGGAGCGAUGUGACAAGGACUCAGGCUAUGCCUCAGAGUACGAGGAGCUGCGGAGGGAGUUGACGUCACCUGGCAAGACAGCGGUGUCCCUCCUGGCUCACCUGUGGCUGGCCAACACAAGAGCCAGCCUCAGGAUAAACCGUAAGUUGCCCCCUGCCAGUCUUCACAUGCUGAAGUUCGAAGACCUGGUGCACUUCCCACAAGAUACGGCGGAGAAGAUCUAUGCCUUCCUGGGCUUCCCUCUGCCACCCGCGGUCCUUAACAAGGUGCUGUUUGCCACCACCACCAAUCUCUACCACCUGCCCUUCGAGGGGGAGGUGUCGCCCGUCAGCAUUAACAGCUGGAGGGAGAAAAUGUCUCGCAAAGACAUCCACACGAUUGAGGAGAUUUGCUGGCCGGCGAUGAAUCUCUUAGACUACUCCAGGCUCGCGGGCUGAAAGCCACCGGCCGGUGGGUCAGGGUUAGAAGCGCCAACGGAAUUGAAUUUACUUUUGCGGCGUAAAAAUUGGAACGGUUUUGUGUGGGGGUGGGGGAGGAGGGGGGAAAGAAGGAGGGAAUGGGACCCAAGAGCCCGAAAUGGAGGCGUUAUCAUUCAAAACAGUCCUAGAUCGGGAUGAAGAACCUUGGUGAAUCGUUGGUCCCAUUGGGUUUAAAAUAAUUGCCGUUGAAAUCCUCGGAGGAGAAAAGCUUUGUGUAAAAAGAGUGAAAUGUAGGCCAACCUCGUGGUUGCGUGUGAAAGGUGUGCUGUGGGAUUCGUUCUUCACAUGCAGGGAGGCAAUGGAGUAUGGCAUCUUGCAAGUUUGAGGAGGCCCACACUGGGAGUCAAGUCAGCCUUGCGAUAUGUGUGUGUGUGUGUGCGUGUCUCCCUGUCCCCCUCUCUUGGUGGAUGUUCAACAGUGGGACCAUAGAGCGAGAAUUGGCUCCAGCUACUGCUUAUCAACACUGUUGUUAAUUAUCACUUCCACCCACCCACCCUGAGGAUUACUGGUGU